AUGCCUUGCUUUGGAUCCCAGGGACACGGGGCUCAGUUGGACUUGACUCCUGGGACCUUGCCCUGCACUGCCCUGCUGUCUCUGCUCUUCAUCCCGAUCUUCUCCAAAGGAAUGCAUGUGACACAGCCUGCAGUAGUACUGGCCAGCAGCCGGGGUGUCGCCAGCUUUGUGUGUGAGUUUGCAUCUUCUGACAAAGCCUCUGAGGUCCGUGUGACUGUGAUGCGGCAGGCGGAUAGCCAGGUGACUGAAGUCUGUGCUACGACAUUCACUAUAGAAGAAGAGUUAAACUUCAUAGAUGAUUCCACAUGUAUUGGCACUUCCAGUGGAAACAAAGUGAACCUCACCAUCCAAGGGCUAAAAGCCAUGGACACUGGACUCUACAUCUGCAAGGUGGAGCUCCUGUAUCCACCCCCCUACCUCUCGGGCAUGGGCAACGGAACCCAGAUUUAUGUCAUUGCUAAAGAAAAGAAGUCUUCUUACUACAGGGGUAUAUGUGAAAAUGCCCCCAACAGAGCCAGAAUGUGA